UCAAAGCCUCAACCGGAAGUGAAGUUAUUGGCACAUAAGUACCUCUGUUGUGGUCGGUGGCUUGUGUAGAACGUCGCACUGCCGCACAACAUUCAUUUUGUAGAUCAACUCUUGACGAGGUCUAAAAGUCCUCUGCAGCGAUGGCACGAAAUGCUGAAAAGGCCAUGACCGCCCUGGCGCGCUUCCGACAGGCUCAGCUGGAGGAGGGAAAAUUCAAGGAAAGGAGACCCUACCUGGCGUCUGAGUGCAACGAUCUUCAUAAAGCGGAGAAAUGGAGGAGACAGAUCAUCAGCGAGAUCUCCAAAAAAGUGUCUCAAAUUCAAAAUGCCGGUCUGGGCGAGUUCAAGAUUCGGGAUCUGAACGACGAAAUCAACAAGUUGCUGAGAGAAAAAGGUCACUGGCAAUAUCGGAUCCGAGAGCUCGGAGGAUUCGACUAUAAGCACUACGGGCCCAGAAUGUUGGACCAAGAGGGGAGGGAGGUUCCAGGGAAUCGAGGCUAUAAAUACUUCGGGGCGGCCAGAGAUUUACCGGGCGUCCGAGAUCUGUUUGAGAAAGAGCCCGCCCCGGAUCUCCGCAAGACCAGAGGAGAGCUGAUGAAGGAGGUGGACGCCGAGUAUUACGGCUACAGAGAUGAAGACGACGGCGUCCUGCUUCCUCUUGAGAUGCAGUACGAGAAGCAAGCCGUGUCGGAGGCAGUACAGAAGUGGAGAGCAGACUGCAGUAAUUCGGGAGACAAGCAUCAAGAGGAAGAAGAGGAGAGCAUCUAUCGUGUCCAAAACGACGAGCCCGAGGAGGAUGAGCGACAGCCAGAGGAGAUGGAUGACGAGGAAGGAGGCGUAGCCUUUUUUGCACACGUGCCUGUUCCAUCGCAGAAAGAGGUGGAGGAGGCUCUGGUGAGGAGGAAGAAGAUGGAGUUGUUGCAGCGUUACGCCAGUGAAACUCUGCAAGCUCAGAGUCAAGAAGCGCGAACUCUGCUGGGACUCUAAACUGUGUCUGUUGUCUGUCUUGAUGUUCUUUUUUUAAGUUUUUCCAAUAAAAGCUUCUGAAAUCCU